AUGCGUCAUCUCAUUACAGGAAAUACCUUCAGUCGAUUCACAUUGCUUACCGUUUGCUGCUGUCAAAUCUUGUUUGGUCUCCGAGCUCCACCAAACGUGGAGCCAAUGGAAGUGAUUCAACAUCCAAACUGUCGGAUCUUCACAUUUUCAAGCGCAAAGCGAAUGCAUGGGAUUUUUAAAUCACCAAAUUAUCCAUCUUCUUAUCCGCCAGAUACAGAUUGUAUUGUCUAUUUAUUUCAAGGAUUACCUUCACAAAUUGUGCAGUUAACCUUCCUUGCUAUUGAUCUGAGUCCACCAAGAAUGGAUGUAUGCUUUGAUUACAUCGCCGUUCUUCCAAGUAGCGCUUCAGAUUUUAUGAACAUGGAAUCGAUAUCUCAUUCAAAAUCUCUACAGCGUUUUGAGGAAUCACCAACUGUAAUAUGUGGAUCUUUAACAAUGCAAAAUAAGAAGACUUUUUACUCGGUGAAUAAUGCUCUCAUGUUAGUUUUUCACACAUCUUCUCGUUCAUUGCUUGACAAACCCGCUGUAAUGUCCGGAUUUCAAGGCAAUUUCUUGUUUUUCAAUUCAACUAACUUUCGAGUCGAUGGUGAUCUAAUACCAAACACGGACUGCUCCUACGUCAUUCGAAACACACCAGCCCGACGAUUUGCAACAGGAGGUAGGAUAGUGUCUCCUCGUUUUCCAAAUAGUUAUCCACCGAAUAUUCGAUGUACUUACACUUUUAUGGGAAGAGGUGAUGAGGUGACAGUCAUGUCCAUCACCUCUCUACAUCUCAGUCAUUUGUCAAAUCCCGCCAACUCAACUGACAAGGAUUGUAUUUUCGAAACAGUACCGAACUCAGCGUUCGAUAGGAUCUUGAUACACACUUUCCCUCAGGACGCUUGGAGAAGUUCAAAGCUUCUCUUUCGUAUUUGCGGAGUACAAUCAUCUCUUCGAGUUAUCGCUGCAGGACCGAAUCUCAUGUUAACCUUUCUUUCAUUGCCAUUUCGACCAAAGGAAGGCGGUUUUCUAAUAGAUUUCGCAUUUGUUAAACAAUCGUCAGUCACUUCCAUGGUUCCAUCGUCCAAAAAUCCCACUUUAUUUGAACAAGGAGCAUUAAGAGAAAGUGUCCAGGAGAUCUAUGAUUAUUUGCAUCGGCCACAGAAAGCAAAUCUUCCUAAAGAUGAGACCGAAAAGAAAAAUCAUCAUGAUUAUGGAAACGCAAACAUUUUUAAUAGUGAUUCAGCAAUUCCUCCACAAACCUGCAACACGCCUGAGAUAUUUGAUUCCAUAAUUGACUCGAAUAACUCCGAAGAAGGUGUUCUCACAUCUCCAAAUUUUCCAGAAAUUUAUCCCAAAUGUGUUAAGGCGACAUUUUACUUCCGAGGUCGUUCUGAUCAAAGAGUCCAUCUGAAAUUUGCUGUACUUGAGUUAGGUGAACACGAGCAAUGCACUGAAGGGAAUGGUGAUAGAUUGAGUUUUUACGAUGGUCCUUCAACAGACCUCCCCGUACAAAUGAGUGUAUGCGGAAGUCGACAUUCAAUUUUUCAGCCAAAGGAGAAUGGUCGACAAGGUUCAACGCGGACCACUAUGUUUGUACUUAAUGUGAAGACCAAAGCCAGAGCAAGAAGAGAAGAAUUUGAACUAACCGAUUUUGUCUUCCUUUGA